AUGGGGGAUCCUUCCCGUGAUGAGAAACCUGGGUCCAGUGGCACGGAGCGUCGCUCCUUCAAACGCCAGGUGGUCAAUGCUGGUUCCGCUCCUCCCGUGUGCAUAGAGCCCGACGUGGUCGAUACGUUACUUGCUAAAGAAACCGGCAAGGGGUAUUUGUUGGGGCCGUUUCCCGUGUUUCGCGUCAGCCCCAUUGGCGUGGCUACCCGCAAAUAUUCUGGGGAAAAACGCCUGAUCGUGGACCUGUCCGCUCCGCACAAUACUCAGGUCCCUUGCAUUAACAGCCUGAUUCCGCCAGAGCCGUUUUCUCUGUAUUACACUGACAUCGAGCACUCGAUUCGGUUAAUCAAACAGGCAGGCGUGGGCGCCUGGCUCGGGAAGGCCGAUAUCACCGAUGCGUUUAAAGUGAUGCCCCUUCACCCGUCGCAGUGGCACCUGUUUGGCAUUAAAUGGCGGUCGCAGAUGUACUUUUACGCUCGCCUGGCUUUUGGCUGCCGCAGCAGCCCAUGCAUUUUUGACACUCUGUCCGAGGCGCUGUGUUGGGUUUUGCUGAACGUGCACAGGCUGCCGUUUGUCCUGCACCUGCUGGAUGACUUCCUGGUGGUCGGUUUUCCGUUCUCGCCACCGGCUCGGUGCAUCUCGGUGGUGAAGGCAACUUUUGGGCAUUUGGGCGUGCCGCUCUCGGAGGAGAAGACGCAGGGGCCUCUCACGUCCAUCGAGUUUUUGGGCAUCCAGUUGGACAGCGUGUUGAUGCGUGCGUCUCUUCCGGCGGAGAAGCUUGUACGGAUGCGCGCUGUUCUGGCUUCGGCUGCUGCGUCGGUUUCGAUGACUAAACGUGAUCUUUUGUUGUUGCUCGGGCACCUGAAUUUUGCUAUGCGCAUUAUUCCCCACGGUCGGUCGUUUGUUUCCCGUCUGCUAAGCGUGGCUAAGUCUGUUCCGGCGCUGCACGACAUUGUGCAUUAG